CAGCUAAACGUUUUUGUUUAUUUCACACAUUUGUAAACUAUAAUAUAUUUAUGCCAUAUAAAUAUGUCCGACAAUGAAUACGAACGUUUUGAGAUCACAGAUUAUGAUCUGGAAAAUGAGUUUAACAUAAACAGGCCACGCAGACGCCAAACCAAGCAUCAACAAAUUUAUGGCAUUUGGGCUGAUGACAGUGACAAUGAGGGCGAAGGCGAGAGCAGCGGUCGACGCGGUAGACGUGGUCUGGGCGGUGGCUCAUCUAGCAAGCCCAAGGAUUAUACGGCUCCGGUGAAUUUCGUUGCCGGCGGCAUUCAGCAGGCCGGUAAAAAGCAGAAGGCAAAGCAGACACAAGAGGAACACGCAGAGAGUGAUGAGAAGGGCAGUGAGUCGGAUGACAGCGACGAGGCGCGACCCUCUUUUGGACGCAAACAGCCACAGCUGAUGGAGGACAGUGAUGCUAACAGCUCGGACAGCUCUGCGGCGGAGGAGGUGCCGCAACGCCCCAAAAUGGCCGCCAACAGCACUGCCGGAUUGCGACACAAGUCGCACAUUGCCAGCAAUCGGAAUGUGGGCGCCUGGGAGCAACACACACGUGGCAUUGGCGCCAAGCUCCUGCUUCAGAUGGGCUAUGAGCCCGGCAAGGGUUUGGGCAAGGAUUUGCAGGGCAUUUCGCAGCCGGUGCAGGCGCAUGUGCGAAAAGGACGCGGUGCCAUCGGUGCCUAUGGCCCAGAGACGGCAGCCAGCGUGCCCGGCCAGCCGAAGCAGCUGAAGAUGGAGGACGAUGCACAGAAGGAGGCCAAAGAGACCAAGGAGCAGCUCAACAAAUGGAAGAAAGGUGAAGUUCGUGAAAAGAACACCAAGCGCUACUACUACAAGACCGUGGAGGAGGUGAUUGCCAAGGGCAAGAAGUCGGAUCAUUUGCUGUCCGAGAAGCUUAGCAAGCGGCUGGGCAAUGUACCGGUCAUAGACAUGACCGGACCGGAGCGCCGCGUGCUCAGCGGCUACCAUGCCUUGGCCCAGAACAAAAUCACGCCCGAGGAGACGCUGUAUGACACCCAGGCGGGCGAUGAGAAUGCCGAGAAGGCCACGCCAGUCUCCGUGUUCAGCAUGCCGGAGCUGACGCACAAUCUGCAGCUGCUCGUGAGCCAAUGCGAGCAGGAAAUCAUUGCGAUUGACAAGGAGGAGCGCGAAUGCUCCGACAGACAGGCAGCGCUGCAGCACGAACAGAAGCAGCUGCUGGAGCUGGUGCAGCUGGAGCGCAAUCAUAUGAACACACUGGAGGAAGCGCUGCUGCGGCUCGAGCAGCUGAGCGAGACGCCCGACCUGAGUCUCGAUCAAGCGGAGCGCCUCUUCCUCGAGCUGCAGCACGACUACGCCGCCGAGUACAAGGAGUUCGGGCUGGCCGAUCUAGCGGCGGGCGUCAUUGCGCCGCUGGUGAAGCGCGAGCUGAACGAUUGGCAGCCACUGGAGCAGCCCACACAGCCGCUGCAGCUGAUCAAGCGCUGGCGUGGCAUAUUGCAGCAGCAGGAUGAGCUCGAGCUGGCGGAUCAGCAGUCACGCAACGUCUUCGAUCCCUACUCCUCGCUCAUCUGGGCUGGGGUGAUGCCGUCGUUUCGCGAGUGCGCCGCCAACUGGCAGCCGAAGCAGCACGCGCCGAUGGCAGCGCUGCUCGAUGCUUGGGCCCCGCUGCUGCCCACCUGGGUGCUGGACUCGGUGCUGGAGCAGUUGGUGCUGCCACGGCUGACGGCGGGCGUCCAGGAUUGGGAUCCAUUGACCGACACGGUGCCCAUUCACAGCUGGAUCCUGCCCUGGCACGGCAUACUGGGCGCUAAGCUGGAGGAGUCCAUCUAUCCGCAGAUACGCAGCAAACUGGGCGUGGCACUCCAGGCCUGGUCGCCGCAGGAUCGUUCAGCGCGCGCCAUGCUUACGCCCUGGCAGUCGGCGUUCCCGGAGGAGCAGCUAGUGCAGUUCCUGCUGCGCUACAUCAUACCCAAGCUGCAGGCGGUGCUGGCGGAAUUAGUCAUCAAUCCGCUGCAGCAGAACCUGGAGCUGUGGCAUCAAGUGUGGGAGUGGCACGAGCUCAUACCCGCCCAUCACAUGGCCCAGCUGCUGGACAAGCACUUCUUCCCCCGCUGGAUGCAAGUCCUGGUCAUUUGGCUCAAUCAGGCGCCAGACUUUACGGAGAUUUCGCGCUGGUAUGCCGGCUGGAAGAGCAUGCUGAGCGAAUCGAUUCUGCGCGAGCCCUGCAUCAAGGAGCAUCUGCGUCGCGCCUUGGACAUGCUGCAUCGUGCCACAGAUGCCGUGCUCCAGCCCACAGCAGCCCCGCCUCCGCCCAUGCCACCAGCACCAGCCCCAGUCCUGCUGACGCCUGUGAUGCUCGUCGAUGUGGCGCCGCCCGCUCAGCUGGAGUUCAAGGAGCUCGUCUCGCAGAAGUGCGCCGAGCUGGGCAUCAUCUUUGCCCCACUGCCCGGCCGACGGGAACUGGGCAAACAGGUAAGCGAUGAAGAGGAAUGCGUCAAUAGAUACUUUUGA